AUGACGAGUCAUGAAACGGGGAAAAUAUGGGACUGUCCCUUUACAGAUGUAGUAACUACAAAUCUUAAACUACGAAAUCCAUCAGAUAGAAAAGUAUGCUUCAAAGUGAAGACCACAGCGCCUCGUCGAUACUGCGUGAGGCCAAACAGUGGAAUUAUUGACCCGGGAUCGUCUGUAGUUGUUUCAGUAAUGUUGCAGCCUUUUGACUAUGACCCAAAUGAGAAGAGUAAACACAAGUUUAUGGUACAAACAACCUAUGCACCACCAAAUAUUUCAGAUAUGGAGGCAGUGUGGAAAGAAGCAAAACCUGAUGAGUUAAUGGACUCCAAAUUGAGAUGUGUGUUUGAAAUGCCCAACGAAAAUGAUAAACUGGAUUUAUCUACACCAGGACCCAACCAUUUCACUCCAGUCAGCAACGACGUUCUUCAGAUGCCUACCAGUCAUAGCCAGAAGAUUGACAUGAAGGAACCAGUCAGUGAGGUCACACAGCAGGAGGAGAAUGAUAUAGAUGCAAGCAAACCUGCCCCAGUACUGAAUACAUCUAAGCAGGAUGGACCGAUGCCAAAACCACAUAGUGUUUCACUUAAUGAUACUGAAACAAGGAAGCUAGUGGAGGAGUGCAAAAGACUUCAAGCAGAGAUUAUGAAGCUGACGGAUGAAAAUCGGCACCUGAGAGAUGAAGGCUUGAGGCUCAGAAAGGUAGCGCACUCGGAUAAAUCUGGAUCACCCACAGCUUUGGCCCUCAGAGAUAAUGGCUCUAAUUCUCUUCCUUCACUUCUUGUUGUAAUUGCAGCCAUUUUCAUUGGAUUCUUUCUAGGGAAGUUCAUCUUGUAGAAAGAAUGAGUGAGAGAAGCAUGCAAAAUGCAGCUUCCUUUUUUUUUUUUUUUUUUUUUUUUUUUCUUGGCCAGAAAAAGAUUUGUUUACCUACCACUUCAUUGGUAGUAUGGCCCAAGUGGCCAUUUUUGUGUACAGCAUCAUAACAGGCUUUGCCUUUAAUGAUCUCGCACGGUUAGAAAACACAAUCUGAAAAGAAACUGUUCGGCUACUGGACAAAAUUGUACAUUAAGUCAUCUAUAGCAGGUGUCAGUUGCACAGUCAGUCCUUUAUGAAAAUUCAUAAAUAAAGAAUUGUUCUUUCUUUCUGUGGUUUUAAUAAGAAUUCAAAAAUUGUUCAGAGUCUUGUAAAUGUUAUUUUAAUAAUCCUUUAAAAUUUUAUCUGUUGCUGUUACCUCUUGAAAAAUGAUUUAUUAGAUUGCUAAUCCCACUCAUUCAGGAAUAUGACAAGAGGUAUUCUGGGGGAAAUGGUGCCUCUUACUGUGUAAAUUUUCUCCUUACCUUACUUUGCUAAUAUCAUGGCAGAAUUUCUUUCUUAUCCCUUGUGAGGCAUUGUUGAGAGUUCUUCAUCCUUACAAUCCUGUCCCAUAAUAUUUAACAUUACAAAAGAAAUAAAAUUGUUAACAGAUUUUUCUGCUGGGUAGCCUGUUUGUGUGUGUCGUACUUUUAGAAGGGAUUUCUAACAAGUUCAUUGUUCAUGGUAAUUUGCUACUUGUAACAAAUGGCUAUUUUGAAGUUUAUUUGCUUAAGUCUCUGGCUUAGACUGUUGUAAUUGAAGCUUGGGGUUAAAAAAAAAAAAAAGGGGUUCCAUUCCAUUUGUUUAAAAAGUUGAACUGUUUCCUGGCUGCUUUCAGCUACAGAGAGGAUGGUUAUCAAACUUGUUUUGGGACAGAAUAUUUUGGAUAUCCAGCAGGUACAAAUAUCAGACAUGAAUGUUUUCAAUAUAUUAACAAUUUGCUUGGAUUGUGCGGGAGUGUAAUAAUCAACCUUCUGUUCCAUCUUUGGAUCUUCUGGGUGUCUUCCAGGAGUCAACAUUAUUAUUUGAUUUCAUAAGGGUAUUUAAUUCACAUACACUAAUUUACUCAGUUUGUAAUUCUGUUUUAGCAGAUAUUCAAAAAUGCAAUUUGGAUGAUUCAGGCACCCAUAGUGAAUUCCAUGAUGCAGAAGAGUUGAUAUUUGCUGACUGAGCCUCCGUUGCUCACCUUUUGAAAACAAAAAUCAUUUUUAUGCAACUCUUGCCAGAUCUACCUGUGUUAACCAUGUAUAGCUAAGUUCUAAAGAAUGCAUUUUUUGGGGUCUGAAAUGCUUCCCUGCACUUAAUCUUAUGUCUUGCCUCAUCUCUGAAUAUGUCAUGAAAACAAACAGUAGUAUUGGAACAAAAUAUUAUCUGUACAUCUGACUAAGCAUAAUCCCAUACAGGGAAUUACAUGUAAACUGAAAAAUUGCAGAAGGGAUAUACUCCUGUAAGCAAAAUUGUGUAUACUCUUGGACAGCUUGACUUGAUGUGGUGCAGCUAAGUGUGUUUAGACCUUGGUAUAUGCACAUCUUAUGUAGCUGAGAAAAAUGUUCUGGAGAAGAUGUAUGUUAUCUUGGUUGCCUUUGAUUUCUAGUGCUUUUUUUUUUAAAAAGAAAACUAUAAUUACAUCAUGUUCUGUCAUUGCUCUCUGUGAUAAACUUUUUUAUAAAAUCUUGCAUAUGUGCAAGGAAGAUGAUGAAGAAAAUGCAAAUACUGCUUAUCUUUUCACUUAAGCAUGCAAGCACAGAUGUUUCCAAUUACUUGUUCCAGUGUCUGCAUUCAACUCUCCUUACAUCCCAGUGACUGGAAAAACUAUGUUAAAGUCUUGAUUAUUUUGGUUCCGCUGGUUCAGAAUGGUGUAAUUCUCCUGAUUUUUUUUUUUUUUUUUUUUUUUUCUCUAACAGAACAUUGCCACAUCAAACUUUCAUAGUCUGUUCCAAACUGAUUAUGUGGAAAAUAAUGAAAGCAAUAGUGUGCAGGAUGUAGUUUGCUUCAGACAGAGCCGUCAUUCCUGCGUUGAAGGGAAAAUAUAAUUCCUCUGGAAGAACUUAAAAUGUUUACAGCAUAGUGUACGGAGAUUACCAAGGUUAGCUAGCACUUUCAGGCCUUGAUAGCGGAAAAAGGAGCCAUUGCUCAAUGCAGCUGACUCAGGUUUUGAUGUCUGGCAGCAGAAAUGAGGUAAAAAUAACAAUAAAAUCAGAUUGAAACAACUUUUUUAAUAUAUAACAGACAGGUGGUGGUAAAACUUGGUCAUGGUUUAAAUAAUGUCUUCAAAGUGAAAGUGUGCAGCGGUCUCAUAACCAGUGUACUUACUAAUGGUAUAAGGAGACUGUCUUGGUUUCCAGUAAUCCCUUCCUAGCUGUAUAUAAAAUGUAACGCUAAAACUAUUUUGCUCUCAGGAGUCACUUUGGAUGAGAUCAACUGUAUUCAGUGAAUUAUGUAAUAUGGAUUAAAUUGUUUGUCUUUGUUCCUGAAAUGGUUAGAACUUCUUGCUUUGUCUGCCUGCUUACGUGUGUAUGUAAGCACGGGGAAAUACAGUCUCUCCACUGCUCCUAGUGAUACAAUCAGACAAUGAUGCCCAUAACGUCAUGUGAGGCUAAAUGUGUAAAUAUGCAUUGCAGGUUGCUCUUCUGAUCUCUCAAAAGGGCAAAAUGGAACAAGUAUACCGUAUCAAAGGAGUAUUUUACAGUUUUUAUGAAUAUAGCACUUUAAAAAAGGGUAGUAUGAUGGUUCAAGGGGAUAAAAAUGCCUAGUUAAAUAGAAGAUAUAGCUUCUGCAGUAAUUCUGGGCACCAAAUUUAAGCCACUUGAAAAAAAUUAUGUAUGAAGUUCAUUUAAGAAACAAGUUGUUUGUAUCAAUGCACAAGAUAUUUGUGCACUUCUGCUCAUUCUUUUAAAAGCUGUUGACAAACACUGUUGCCCAGGCUUGCAUGUUUCUGCUGCUAUGAUUGAAGCCAAUUUACACAUAAGAAGCAACCAAACACUAGCUUGAAACUUCAUUAUCCUCUUGGGAGGAGAGAGGGUGGAGGGAGGAGGUGGAAGGUGACAUUUUUCUAAAGGGGAAAAGACAAAGUCAAUAAGCAAAACUUAUCUUUCAGGCCUUCUUCAAAGAUAUUAAAAGUUGAAGUGUUAAUAAACCAUUAAAAACGU